GAAACUCAGGCAUCGUAGUCCUUAAAAAUUUUCUUCCUAUUUAAUUUAUUAAUUUUCUGUUGGACAAUUUUGGACCUCAAUAAUUUGUCUGGUUAACAUCCACACACACCCUUCAAAAAAUCUCACACCCUUCUUCUCCUUUUGUUUACUUUUCCUUACACACAUUUGCUUCCUCUUUCUCUUCUUCAACCUUCAAACAAACUCUGCAUCCGUCUUUGACUGUAACAACUAAAAGUUCCAAUUUUUUUGCAUACCGUUUAUUAACUACUUCCUUAAUUGCUUAUAUAUUCUAUUGAGUAUCUAUAUUAAGUUUCAUUUCUCUCUAGAUAUAUUUUUCAUUUGAGUUCGUUUUCAAGAACUCUUCUUGUUGUUAUUGUUGAUAGUUUGGAUUUGUGAGAGACAAACAUGCUAGGAGCAAUAUCUGUUGUGAUGGAUUCACACACUGGUCCAUGUUUGUGUGUGGAUGCACUUCCAACAACUACUGUGAAUCUCAAAAGUGGUGUGGGAGAUGUUGUUUUGUGGAAGAAUUUGAUGGGGAAGAAGCAUCCGAUGAGGCGCGGCGGUAAGAGUAUGGAGUUGAGCAGUUCUUUUACUGAUCCUGGAAAGGAAUGGAGAGUCAAGUUUAGCAAAAGUUGUAAGAAGCAAAGGAGUGAUGGUAGGAGAUUUACCAUUGUUAAUGAGCUUGGUGGUCAGUAUGAUGACACUUUUGAGGAUGUUAAAACGCAAAUGCUCAACUAUUUCACGUACAAGGCUGUGAGGACUGUUAUGCAGCAGCUGUAUGAGAUGAACCCACCUAAAUAUACAUGGUUCUACCACUUUGUUGUAAAAAACAAACCAACAGAUGGCAAACGUUUUAUCCGAUUGCUCGGAAAGGAACAACAAGAGCUUGCUGAAAGAGUGAUGUUAACUAGGCUUCACCUUUAUGGUAAAUGGGUCAAGAAAUGUGAUCAUGCUGAGAUAUAUAAAGAAAUCUCUGAUGAAAACUUGGAGUUGAUGAGGGAACGACUCAUGGAGACAGUUAUAUGGCCCUCAGAUGACAGCAACACAGAAAAAAUUGGCUGAUAUUGAAUGACAAUGAGCAUUGUUCCUUUCUGUCUUCAACAUUUUAAUUCCUAGUCUAGGUAUAUACUUUAUUUUGAUACCAACCUGUUUGGUUUCCAAAUGUGUCAUUUUCCGGCAACAUGAUUUUCAGAUUUAUGUUGUGUAAAUUGUGUAUAUAUAUUAGCACCUUUUAAAUACAGAAUUCAUUAUUUAUAA